AUACAAAAUAUAAUAAGUGAUAUAACAAUCAACCAGAAAUCCCCCCAUGAUGCAGGUUUAAAAAAUGAAUUUAAGGUCAAAGAAUGUAUUCACUUUAUUCUUUCGAUCCUCAUUCGGAUUACCAUUAGGAACAUGGAUAGUUGUGUCAAUUGUUUAUUACUGGUGGUUGAUAUCACGAAUUAAUGUCUUAGAGACACAAAACAAAGUAUUCAAGUCACAAUUAAAAUUAUCACAGAAUGCAAUGAGACAAAUAGAAUCUGAUUCUACAUACAAAGUUCCCGAGAUUCCAGAUGAAGCUGGUACUCUUUGUGAGACAGUGCACAUAGCGUUAGUAUGUAUGGGCAAAUGCACUCGUAUCAUAAUGCCAAUGCUCAAAUCACUUUUGCAGCAUCGACAGAACCCAAUACAUUUUCAUUUCAUAGUAGACACGGCUGCGGAUCAAACUAUAUCAAAAUUAUUUGAUACAUGGGACUUGCCAGAUGUGAAAUAUACAUGUUACAAUGCUCAGAACAGUCUAUCUCAAGUCCGUUGGGUACCAAACAGUCAUUAUUCAGGAAUCUAUGCAUUAGUAAAGCUAUUAUUCCCAGAUAUCUUGCCUGAUACAUUACAGCAAGUUAUUGUAUUGGAUUCAGAUUUGACAUUUCUAUGUGAUAUUGCCGAACUGUGGAAUAUGUUUAGAAAUAUGACUGACAAUCAGUUAUUUGGUUUAGUUGAAAAUGAAAGCAACUGGUAUUAUGAUACGGCUAAAAGAUGGCCGGCACUUGGUAGAGGUUAUAACACGGGGGUGAUGUUGCUAGAUUUAAAUAAAAUACGUAAGAAAAUAAAUUGGACUAAAGUGUGGCAUAGUGCAGUUAAUGAGAACAUAGAACGAUUGAAACAAACAACUUUAGCGGAUCAAGAUGUCAUAAAUGCGAUUAUUAAAAAGGAUCCAAUACUUGUUUAUAAUAUUAGCUGUCAAUACAAUGUACAAAUGUCUACCAAGACAUUAGCUAAAGGCUGCUAUGGUGAAGACAGAGAUAAUAUUAAGAUAAUACAUUGGAACUCUCCAAGUAAAUAUAACAUAAGGAUACGAGAUGCGGAUUAUUUUAAAAAUAUUUACUUAUCUUAUGUUAAUUUUGAUGGUAAUUUACUGAAAGAAAAAUUACAUACUUGUUCACAAACUGAACCUGUCACAUAUAAGAUAAAUCAUUCAGAUUUAUGCAGUAGCUUCCGCGCUGCGCAACGAGUUAAAUUACGCACUCAUUUAUACUACAUGGAGUACACCUAUGAUGACAUAGACAAUUUUGACGUCACUCUAGUGUUGCAGUUGUCUAUGGACAGAUUACAAUUCCUAGAGCGAUUAGUCAAAUAUUGGGAAGGUCCUCUAAGUGCUGCCAUCUAUCUGUCAGAUUGCGAGGUGACGAAAUUCGAAAGCUUUAUACGCGAUUGGUCGGACACUCUCAGUAGUAGAAAGAAUAUAGGAUACCAUUUAGUUUUCAAACACGACGACGUACAUUAUCCUGUAAACUAUCUCCGUAAUGUGGCUCUGGAGAAUGUGAACACUCCAUACGUUUUCCUAAUGGACGUGGACUUUGUACCGAUGGCUGGACUUUACGAUCAUCUGAGGGACGCUGUCAAGAUUAUCAAUCCUUAUGCACAGAAAAAGUGUUUGGUGGUAGCCGCAUUUGAAACGCAACGUUAUCGUGCGUCUCCGCCACGUAGUAAGGCUGCCUUACGAGCUCGCUUGGCGAAUGACGUGGCUCCGUUCAGAGCACGCGAGUGGCCUCGAGGACAUCGAGCGACUAAUUAUACAAAAUGGAUUAAUGCCAAUGCACCUUAUAAUGUCGAAUGGCAGUCAGACUACGAACCAUACUUGGUAGUCCACCGUUCGAUUCCCAAAUACGAUACAAGGUUUUCCGGUUUCGGUUGGAAUAAAGUAUCUCACAGUGUAGAACUACGUGCACAAGGUUACCAGGCGGUGGUACUACCAGGUGCGUUCGUAGUACACACGCCGCAUGCACCUUCGCAUGAUAUAACUGCGUUCCGCGCAGAUCCGCACUACCGUGUAUGCCUAGCAAUACUAAAGCAAGAGUUUAUGGACGAUCUCAAGAGAAAGUACAACGUAACAUUUGAAGAGCCAUCGAAACAGGAAUCAAUUUAUUUGGGACAAGCUAAAAGCCUACUCCUAAAUCAAAAGGACAAAGUAUAAAGAUCUUAAAAUGAAAAGUAUCAAGAAAGUAAGUUUUCAUGCACGUAAAAAAACAAAAAAGUAUCAAUUUUUAAUAAACAAUACUACAUAGGAUCAAAUACUUUAAGUCUUAAAAAAUAGUUUAUUUUACUAUUAUCCAAGUCAUUAAAGUGAAAUGCGUGAGAGUACAAUUUUAGAUAAACUGGUUUAAAUCUUACUAAUAUUAUAAAUGCGAAAGUUUAGAUGGAUGGAUGGAUGUUUGACAGCAGACGACUUCAAAGAGGCUAAAGGAUCUGGAUUAAAUUUAAAGAAUGAGAUUAAUUUCUGUCUUGAAUAGCAUAUAGACACAG